UAUCCAUAGUCAGCUCCUUUGAUUACCUAUGAUCAUUUACAGCAUUUGCAAUGGUUAAUCAAUUAAGCCAGCGACUCCUUUCCAUUCAGCUUUGAUAUCAGUGAAUGAGCAAAUGGCUGGUUUGUUCCCAUUUUGAUUCAGCAAAAAUGGCUAGAGCUUGAAAUUGUUGACUUUGGAGGACAGGCAGGAAUUAUUUGACAGAUUCAGUGGAUAUUUAGUAUUUCUUUCAAAACCUUCCCAAUUAAAAAGUCCUCCAAAAGAGUGCACUAUUCUGAUGAAGAGGGAGGAGGAGGAGGGACACAUGCAGGAAAACUUCCUGGUCAUGGACUUACGGAUUGAUUCAUAACCCAUUUGUCACCCCUUCUUUAAUGAAGCAAUAGCAGGUCAAUUUAUGUUCCCCGGCAAGAUGUUGUACAUUUGGAGCAUGAGCCGACUGUGGUGGUUGUGGAGGAAAAAUGUAAAUGAUGGCCUGGUCACAUUAACAUAUCUCCAUGGAAAAGUGAGGAAAUUUUGCAGUCAUAUGACUAUAAACAAGGCACAACUUGCAAAUUGCCACAUGCAGCACGUUUUGAAAAAGGUUAGACCUUCUUCCAGGUCCACACACUUCACACACCCUUUCUACGAUAAGAAGGCAGCGUUUCCUCUUCAGACAUCAGGCAGCUCCAUAGGAGCACAGCAAAACCCGGCCACUGUAAAUGAGCAGCAAGACCACCACCGGGCGGACCUUGGCGGCUUCUCACAUCCCAUCUCUCAAGACAAGAUUUCUACAGCACCCUCUCAUGGAGACAUUGAGAGCCCCACAGCUGGAGCAGAUGUGGCUGUUAUUGGAGGUGUGAUUGCUGCAGUGGUAUUUGUCCUCAUUUGCCUGCUGGUGGUGAUGGUCCGAUACAUGUACAGGCAUAAGGGCACCUACCACACCAACGAGGCAAAAGGAACUGAGUUUGCCGAAAGUGCAGACGCCGCUUUGAAAAAUGACCCUGCUCUCCAGGAAGCAGUGGAUGAGAGCAAAAAGGAAUAUUUCAUCUGAGAGGCAACGAUUUCCAUGGAGACUUCCCCAAGGGAAUCAGUCAGAAAAGCUACAUCAACAGAAGUGCUAAGAGAUGGAUAAUAUGAGGAUACGGGCAAGCAUCCUAAUUGAAAAGUAUUUCUUUACUUUUGCUGUCACUGGGUUGUUUCUUUUCCUCUACUGGUGAAGAACUAAAUGGCAGAUGCUUGCCUGUCGAUUUUAUUAGCAACACAGCUGGUCACAGUUGAAAUCAAUAUCAGAUAAGACGAAACAAAAUCUCAGUAUGAGUGACACACCAAAACCAGAUAAAGAUAGCAAAUGUCAAGCCUUGACAUUUGGUGAAAAUAGCAGCUGCCAAUGGAAAGCAUCCUCUUAGAGUUAAUGAUGCAUCCUAUGCUGAUAUGAUACAGAAUUACCUGAAAUUUAAUUUCAAAUUGUCACAGAAAAAACAUUAAACUAGCUAAAGCUGAUGUAGCUGUAACAAAAAAAGGCUUUGUAGCCCAGAUAUCUACCCCUUCCCCUUAAAUGUGCUAUUUUAUUGGCACAGGGGAGUUUGCUUUGUUUGUUUGGGGAUUUAGACUGGGAUUUUUUUUUAAUUUUUUGCAUUUUAUAUAUAUAUAUAAAAGUCAAAGACACUUCAAAGAAAUAAAACUGUUGCAAAACAUGGAAGAUGUAGGAACGAAGGAUUUAUUUCUAACUUGCUCUGCACGGCAGCUUGAGAACUGCAAAUUGUUGGAAUUUACAGUGUAGUAUAUAAUAGUCAGUAGACUUACAAAUAUGAUUCCAAUUAGCUGGUAGGUUCCCUGCAUGCAUGCAUAAAUAGAUAUAUAUUAAAAGGUAAAGCAUCUUGGUUUAAACAGGCCUUUUUAAACAAUGGAGCUCAGCUAGAUUUUUUUUCAAGUAGGAUAUUUUUGCCUGAGUAUUUAUUUAUUUAUUUUGCAUUGGAAAAUUCUCUUGAACGCCCGCCAGCAGGAUUUUGGAUUUUUUCAGGGAGAGGAAAUCAGUUCAGGUGCAGAUACUGAUAAAUGCAUAUUACAAAUGCAACCGUUAGACUGCCGCUACGAAGAAGCUUGCUCAUCUGCAUCCCACUGGCUUUCAUUGAUGUCACCUUCUGUAUGGCCUCUGUGUAGCAUUUGCAUUGUGCUAGGUAAGAGAAUUACACCAACCAUCAAUGCUUCAUUAUAAAUAAAUAAAUAGAUUAGUCAUGGUGGGUCACAUGAAAAGAUCUUAUUCCUCGCCUAAGAAUCGACGGUGAUGAGUUUCUUUACCCCAGUAAGUUGGCUUCCUAAUUGAAACCCACAAUUAGCUCCGGAAAUAGGAUAAUUGUUCUCUGCACCUGCUCAUCCCCAGCUGCGAUGGUGCCCUGGACUACUGAAAAUAGAGGGGGAGAAAUACACGAUAACAAAUAAGACACUGAUGAGCUCUGCUCAACUCCCUAUGUUUUUCCUGUGUUUUUGAUCUAUAUAUGUGUAUACAUACAUAUUAAGUCAUCUACAACUGUGCUUUCAAGGCAUUGCUGCUGGUCACUUGUGCUUGCUUUUUGGCACCAAAGCUUGGAAAGCUCCUGGACUCCGGUAUUCAUUAUCAACAUUGGCCUAAAGUGCAGUAAGAGAAGACAGAUCUGAAAAAGAAAAGACUCUGAGGACCCAAGUGUAGAAAUGGGAUAUUUUGUCAUUUCAAUCACAAUCUCAGUCUUCUUUCAGUAUCUGAAGGAGAUGGACUCUGAAUUGUUCUUAAAAUCCCAAUAGCUUUGAUUUAGAAUCCUCAGUCCCUGCCUGUUUGCAUUUUAACCAAAGAAUAUCAAAAUCACACCAAAUUUACUAAAUGCUUAAGAUAUUUUUUGUAACAUACCAUUGCACAACAACAUUGUAUUCUUUUGCUAUUGCAGUAUAAAAUGCACAAACCCCAGCACUAGCAGAGCUCAAGUGUUUUAAUACUAUACACCUUACUGUUUCCUUCUAAGAUACCUUACUAUUUUAAUCUUUUUACUACUUUUGAAAAAGGAAACUGGUUUUAUUCUUCUAGGACAAGUAUUGGAAAAAUUCACUAAUCUUAGCUGUAGGACUGUUUGUAAAACUGAAGACCCCUGACCCUCCGGUUCAAUAAAAACGUAAAUAUUUUGUCUGAGGAGAGGGUAAAUGGGGUGACUUGAGCUCUGCUGCAUCUCCCACACAAAGCGUGUGAACACAAAAAACCUUUCCUCGAGUGCUAGCAGGACCUUUAGAGGACGACCCGCCUUUUGUCCCCCUUCAUAUACUCAGAACCAUGUAAUGCAAGUUUGGCUGUUAAAGAAAAUUGGCUUCAGAGGAAGGUGUGAGGGACACGGGGAAUAAAUUCCUGCCUCCCUCCCCAGUCAUGAAAUUCUGGUUUUUGCAACUUGAGCCUGCUGAUUACAAUUAGACAACUGUCUCAUACCUGAUACACAAGAGAAUCUGAAUUAGUAUCUCUUUUGGGGUGUGUGUGAGUCUUUUAAGUAUGAGGUGGACUGAGACAGACUAACUGUCCACAUUGGAACUACAGAGGCCAGAUUCAGAUCUUCUGGUGGUACAACAUGAGUUCGAUGGAGCUCAGCCAAUUCUUACCAGUUCAGUCAACACCAGACUUCGCGUCAUUGCUUCCCCUAACUCUGAACUUCAUGCAACUACUGGUCUUUGACUAUAUUCCUUCUUAAUAGCUUAAUUAAAUCUCUUUAUCCCAUUCUCCUUAUUCAUCUAGGCUGACAAACAGUCCAAGCGUACAGCAACAGCUUCCCUAUUGGUAAUGAGCCACUUUGAGUAUUUGCAGAGCAGUGGCUCUGGCAAGAGCUAUGGUUUCAGUUAGUUUAUUUUUUUACAGUGUCCUUUUGGGUUCCAGGGCUUUGUGUAUUUAGAAAUGACUCAAGCACGCUGAACAGAGAGGAGAGAUGGUUUGUGGAGAGUUUCUGUUUAUUUGUUUUUUUCAGGACAAAUUUUGCUUUGUAGUGAAGAAAGCUCAUGACAUAUGAUGACUGGCAGACUCUAAUGGCCUGAUCCUGCUAUUUUUCACUUACACAAUAACUCUACUGUCUUGAGUCAUUCAAUUUAGUUGCAAAAAGAGUGCAUUACAAACUUCCUAUAACUUUUAGGCCUAAUUAGCAAAACAUCCUUCUGCAAGCAACAUGCUGUGCUAAAGCAAACAACAUGCACGAUGCCGAGAUGUCUUGGUUGACAGCCAUAGCUUUUCAUCACCAAUGAUGAAAUUAUUUUUACAAUUUGCUUCCUGAAUAGAAAAUUAAGGAAACAGUUUAUUUCCACACACACACCCCCCCCCAUAUUUUUAUCCCAGGUCCCUCCACUACUGUGACCUGUUGUUCUGCAGCUCUGUGGUGCCACAUCUCCCCAGCUGUGACUGCCAUUCUCGUCUGCAGUCCCCCAGGCUCCCAGCUGGAUCCCCACUGCCCUAUGGCAAAGGACUGGCUAUUUAUUUAUGCACUUAUUCAUUUAUUUCUAUCAGCGAAGAUACUCUCUGCCAGCCAAGGACCAAUUUUCACAAAGGUUUUAGCUUUGGACUUCCAGUCCUGCGUCAAAUUUGAUCAAACCUGACCAAGCUGACCUGAGACUGAUUCACAGAGUGAUCACAUAUGUCACGUUUUCACAGAAAAGUCUAAAAGUAGUAGUGCAAGCUCUCUAGUUAGUUAAAUUUAUUGCUAUAAAUCUCUACUGCUCACUAAACAAGGGAGUAGAAUGACUAUCCCUCAAGCAACUCAGUUUUGUCUUGAUACCUUAAAGCCCUGUGAAAGCUUGUUGAAUCCCACUUUGCACAGAAAGCCACUGGCCCAUGCUUAGAAGCAUAAGUCACUUUCAAUGAUGUACAGGAAAGCUGUACCUUAAAAUGACCGAUAUUUUCUGGAGUUGGAAGAGAGACGAUAAGUAUGAUCUUGUAGAAACACAAGACGUUUUUUUAAGGAUAUAUGGAAAUGACAAGAGUUAAACAUAAUAUUUCUGAUUACAUUGAUGAGCUUUAAGAGUGGGUCCAUGGAGCUUUCAAAUUCUCUCCCUGAAAAAAAUAAUAUCAUUUUUGCAAAAGGAAACGAAUCUCCCUUUAAACCAUCUCUUCUUGUCAGGCUUUGAAAACAGGCUUUGCAGAUUCAAUAUUCUACCAUUCUGCCUUAACACCUGGAAUGCAGUUUCUUCUAAUUUUUGGAGGAUACCUGUAUAGUCAUCCCCUGCACAAAAAUGUCGGCUUGCCAGGGUCAGCCCCUGUAGCAGCAUUACAGCUCAGCAGAGUAAUUCUGCCCAAAAGCAGCCAGUCCCAAAUGCGUAUCUGGCUACCUAUUACAGGACCUGGUAGACCUUUUUUUCUGGGGCUUGGCCUCUAUCAUUCCAGGUUUUCCUGAGGUACAAUGGGAUUAAUGCAGUCCCAAGGAGUAUUUAAUCAGCCACUAGUCCAGAUAACUACUUUUCCUUUUUUUUCUGUUUAGAACAACUGGACCAAAUAACUUUGGGGGACUAUUAAAAAUAGUACCGUAGGAUCCCUUAGAACAUCGAUUUUUCUCUUAAGCAAAAUCUAGGGAUCAUUGGGGGAACACCAGGACAACAAAAAAAAUAUAAAUCCCUUUCAGCAAGGAAUGCAGACAAGGUGCUGAAACGUUUACACCUGCGGAAUAAGUAGGAUAGCACCACUAGUACAGCCUGCGAGGAUUCCUCACAGCGUACAGGAAACCCUGAGUCAAAAUGUAAAUCAGUAAAAAGAUACAGAGGGGGAGAAGGUAAUUAGAUGCCAAUAGAGAUGGAGAGCAGUUUUUCAUCAAACAAAAUAGAUAUUGCUGUUUGAAGAAAUCAAAGUGUAUUUGCUGAAGGUAACUGCUGACAACAAAUUUCUUUGAAUGACAUGAGGUGUUUGAAUUCCUUGCAUGUGCCAGUCCAAUCAAAAAAUGCUGGUAAAUACAUAUCAAAAGAGUACUCACGUUAAAUAUAUUAAGGGCUGUUUAUUGCAUUUUCUAAAAUCUCUCAGUUCUUCACGUAAGAAAGCUCUGUGUGUUUAGAAAAUGCAGGAGCUUCACAGCAGCAGUUCAUAUAAGACAGAAAACUAAAGAAGAA